GAUCGGGGUCUCGAGGGCUGUCGUCGGCCUCUUCUGGGAUGGCAGGGCAGUCCUAAACGCACUUUGGCCGGGUUUAUGACAGGAGCCGGCUGAGGGUAACAGGUGGCAGCCAGCGGAGGGUGACAGAAGCUGAAGGUGACAGUUGAGGCUAAUAGUUGGCGGCUGAGGGUAACAAGUGGCAGUUGAGGAUGACUAAUACCUGCUGAGGGUGACAAGUGACGUCUCUGGGAUAUGGUUGUGAGUAGCACCAACCUAGGUGGCAGGGGCAUGGUCUUCUCUGUGCUCUCUGUUUCCAACGUGCUUGUUCAGCCCAGCCAUCUAGAAUGUCGAGUCCGUAGACAUCAGCUCUCCUCUUUGGCUUUUUGGUUUAAUUUUACAGACAGCAGGCCCAUGCAGAGCCUCCCACAGGCACAGAGCCAGAAUCAAUUCAAAGCUUUCUUUAACAUCACGUGGGGAGGGAGAGACUGUGACACUCUCUUUGUGACAAAUGAUUUGGAUUUCUCAGUUACAGUGGCAAACUGAGGUUCCAAUUAAAAUGAUUUUUUUUAAUUAAAAAGGUACCUCUGAGGUGUGUGGUAGACCAGGUGUGUGAGUCAUACUCACAAGGAGCCACUGGGAUGAUGGCAUGAGCAGGGCUUGUCCCAACACCAAUCUUGGGUGCUAUACAUGGAGGUUAAGAGUCAGCCAGAGCUGAUUCAAGCUCUGGGUGAAGCUGAGCCUGCGUGGUUGUGAGCAAGGUAUCAGGGCUGUCUUCCUCAUCUCUGAGACUCAGAGGAGUCUAUUGCUACCUCGGAGUUGUGCUUAAGCAUCAGUGGCACACCUUUAAAACCCCUUGCCUGUGAUGAACAACAAGUGUGGCCGUAGUCGCUGUGAUUUGCAUUGUAGGGAGGCGGAGGCAAGGGUUCAGGGUCACACAGAUAGCUGGCAGUAGAUCUCAGUCCCGGAUCCGUUUCUCAUAAUUCCCGGUGUAAGAACUUCAAUGCUGUGUCACGCACCCCAUUGCCUGGGAGUCGAUGAGGCAGCUUCUCCUUUGCCCUCCUGAGGCAUUGCAGAAUGUGCUGGUUGUGAAACCACACACGGUUCAGAUCACUGGGGACUCUGUACCUAUUGCUUCAGGUCAUGGACUCUGCCCAGCUCUCUGGGGCUGCGGUGGUUGAGACAUGAGUGAUAGAGUCAGACAUCCCUUGGCCCCAGUGGGAUACAUGGAUCCCUGUAUCUACUCCUCACCUAAGGAACUUGGAGUGGAUGGGCCUCUGGGCCUCAGUUUAUUCACCUGCAAAACAGUACCUGCUAGUUAGCACUGUCUCUUUAGGGUAGUGAUGAGCACUUAGUAACAUAAUUUGAUAAACAAGUCAUGGGGCCAUGCCUGGCACAUUACCGCAGGCGAUGCCUCUGUGGUAGGAUGGAGUAGCAGGCAGGCUGACCUGAGACGGAAGGAGGCAUGGGGGUAGCAGAGAGGACAAGGGCUAUUUGGAAAGCUGUGGAGGGUUCACCCUGCCUGUCGAGAUCACUGAUCUCUAGUCUACCAGAUGCUCCUUGUCCCUGAAGACGGUUCUAGCGAAGGAGUCUACAUUCACAGAGAGUUUCCACAGUAAUUUGAAAAACGGAUUGGUCUGGUUGUCCCUUUGCUAUCCCAGAUGGACUCCACAAGAUUCACAGAGGAAACCGUCCUCAUAACGGGAGGAGGCGGAUAUUUUGGCUUCCGCCUCGGCUGUGCUCUGAACCAGAAAGGAGUCCACGUGAUUCUGUUUGACAUCAGCCAACCUGCCCAGAACCUUCCAGAGGGAGUCACGUUCAUCCGUGGAGACAUCCGCUGCCUCUCUGACGUGCAGACAGCCUUCCAGGACACUGACAUUGCGUGUGUGUUUCACAUCGCCUCUUAUGGUAUGUCUGGGAGGGAGCAACUGAACAAAACCCUGAUUGAAGAGGUCAACGUGGGCGGCACAAACAACGUCCUCCAGACCUGCCUGGAGAGAGGCGUGCCCAGGUUAGUCUACACGAGCACGUUCAAUGUCAUCUUUGGAGGUCAAGUCAUCAGAAAUGGGGACGAGUCUCUGCCUUACCUGCCUCUUCACCUGCACCCGGAUCACUACUCCCGGACCAAAUCCAUUGCAGAGAAGAAGGUGCUGGAAGCCAAUGGCUUGGCCUUCAAGCAAGGCCAUGGCGUCCUUAGAACCUGCGCACUAAGGCCCGCUGGCAUCUAUGGGGCCGGAGAACAAAGGCACCUUCCCAGGAUAGUGAGUUACAUUGAGAGGGGCCUGUUCAGAUUCGUGUACGGCGAUCCCAACAGCCUGGUUGAGUUUGUCCAUGUGGAUAACCUGGCAAAGGCUCACAUUCUGGCCUCCGAGGCUCUAAAAGCUGAUAAGGGCCACGUUGCCUCUGGGCAGCCCUACUUCAUCUCAGAUGGCAGACCUGUGAAUAACUUUGAAUUCUUUCGGCCCCUGGUUGAGGGCCUGGGCUACACGUUCCCAUCCCUCCGCCUGCCACUCACCCUCAUCUACUGCUUUGCUUUCCUAGUGGAGGUGACCCACUUCAUUCUGGGUAGGCUCUACAACUUCCAGCCUUUUCUCACCCGCACUGAGGUUUAUAAGACUGGCGUCACACAUUAUUUCAGCUUAGAGAAAGCCAGGAAAGAGCUGGGCUAUGAGCCUCAGGUGUUUGACCUGCAGGAGGUAGUGGAGUGGUUUAAAGCCCACGGUCAUGGCAGACGGUCUGGAGGUGAAGACUCGGGGUUUAUUCUGUGGGAUGGAAUUCUGGUCCUCCUCUUGGCGCUCUCUCUUCUUACCUGGUUUCCUUCUUCCACAGUUCUGCCUGUGUGAAGA